UGAUUUUGAAAUAUUAGUUGGAUACGAUCAAAAGUGAGCGACACAUUUGAAGAGAGUUUGCCAACCAAUAUGAAGAUAUUAAUGUUGCUAACUUUAUUUGGCGCCUGCUACGCUGCUGUUCGAGUAAAAUAUUUCAGAACAGCGAAUGAUGACUUCGAUAUAAAUGCAUUAUUCCAAGAUCAGGCCAAAUUGAAGGUUUUCGUAGAUUGUAUAUUAGAUAAAGGUCCAUGUGAUGUAGUUACUCAAAGCUUUAGGGUUUUGAUACCCGAUGCCUUCAGUGAAUCCUGCCGUAGAUGCAAUGCAAAACAAAAACACAUGGGAAAUGUAUUUUUUGAAAACCUAAAGAAGUAUCCCGAAUAUUAUGAUGAAAUAGUCAAGAAGUACGACCCUUCAGGAAUAUACACGGAUAAAUUAUUAGAAGCUUUUAAAGGAUACUGAUGCAUGUAAAAUGUGUGAUGAUAAAAACAUACAAUCAAUCUAAAAUCAUAUGAUCCUUGCUCAUUAAAUGAUAAUAAAAAUAAAACUUAAAAAAUUCACCAUUUAUGAACAAUGCGGCUAUUGCCACUCUUUUAAAUCAACAAAAUUGCAGUCUUUGAAUUUUACAAUUUAAUUUAUCUACACAUAUUCUUUAAAUCCUCUAUUAAAGAUUCUAAAACAGUUAGUUUAUUGCCAACAUUAUCCAAAAGAGUGGUGUAAUGAAAUUCAAUACAACAUUGUGGUAAGACAUUGGGUGUUAUAAUGUUGGCAGUAAGCUAACAGUCUUAGAAUAUUUAUUGAGGAUUUAUAUUAUGGGUGUAGAUAAAUUCUUGUAUGCAACUGUUGAUAAUUAGGUAUUAAAACACUCAUGUGAUACUAUUAUCAUAUAUCCACAUUCGUGUUUUAAUGCCCCUUAUUACACAACAGUUGACCCCUUAAUACACACAACAUAAUAACAACAUAAAUAACUAUUAUAUAAUUCAUGCAACGUGAUGGAACAGAAACACUCGAAUGAUCUGAAGCAUUUAAAAUGUGUUAAUAAAUGAGUAUAGCAGGUGCAUUAACCAACGCAGACGUAAUAAAUCAAGGUAAAUUUAUGUGAACAUUGUGUCAAUAUAUGAAAAUAUUAAAAAAAAUAAUAUGAA